AUGAUGAGGUAUUCUGUGUCUUUCUUCUUUCUUGUCAUUCUAUUUCUCGCAGUAGUUGAUGCUGAUAUCCUCAAUGAAACAUGUCAAAAAGCUGCUCAGGACGACAAGAAUUUGCACUAUGACUUCUGUGUGGCGGCCCUUGGAGAAGAUCCCAAGAGCCACAGUGCAGAUCUCCAAGGACUAGGGAUCAUCUCACUGGAGUUAAUCAAAGACAAUGCUACAAAAAUUGGUUCACGCAUUGGUGAGCUCUUGAAUGAUGGAAAAAUUAGUCCGGAUGUUAAAGAAAGGUUAAAGGAUUGUCAAGAUCUUUACUCCGAUGUGAAAUCUGAUGUAAAUGAUGCAAUUGAUGCCUUCAAAUCUAAGGAUUACAUCAAAGCUAAUCUCGAAGUGAGUUCGGCGUCGGAUGCAUCUACAACUUGUGAAGAUGGGUUCACAGAGAAGCCUGGUUUGAAAUCACCUUUGUCCAUAGAGAAUGAUAAUUUCUUCCAGUUAUCUGUAAUUGCACUGUCAAUUACCAAAUUUCUCCAUGAAACUUCCUUGGUUUAA